GUUCCGGGUUCUCGCCGUGGCGGCUCUGGGGCCUGUGCGAGGCGGGAGCGGCGGAGCAGGAGGAGGAAGAGGAGGAGGAGGUUGUGGUAUCUGGGUGUUGUUAGUGAAUUAACCAUUUCUGGAAGCCUACCAGACAAGAUCAAAAUGUGGGGAGACCAUCGACAAGGCAACAGAAUGGGGUCUUUUCGUGGGAGCCAAGAAGACAGGUUUGCUCCCGGGUGGAACAGGGAAUAUCCUCCUUCCCUUGAUAGUCUUGGUCAAGAAAGACACUCUGGCAACUUCUCUGGCAGAAAAUCACUUCCUUUUGAUAUCCAGGCACUCUCAGGCCUCCUCAAUCCUCAGUUUGCCAACAGAGAGGAACCUUCUUUCAGCUAUGGAGCUAGAGAUGGACCACGUAGUGACUUCAGAGGUGGGGAGGGGCACCAUGAUUUCAGGGGCAGGGAUUUCCCACCAUCUGACUUCCAGGGCAGAGAUGAGUCUCAGAUGGAUUUCAGAGGCAGGGAGCCACCCCCUUCUGAGUACAGGGGCAGGGAUAUGUACUCUGGAGACUUCCGGGAGAGAGAAGGGCCCCCUAUGGACUUCAGGGGUGGGGAUGUUCCUUCAGGGGACUUCAGGAACAGGGACACGUUCCGCAUGAGCUACAGGGAUAGGGAAGCACAUAAUAUGGAUUACAGGGCCAGGGACGAACCUCCAUCAGACUUCAGGGGAAGGGGGUCUUAUGAUUUAGACUUCCGAGGUCGAGAUGGGCCUCAUUCAGACUUUAGGGCAAGAGACAUGUCUGAGUUAGACUACAGGGGCAGAGAACAUUCCUAUUCAGACUUCAGAAAUAGGGAUGUACCUGAUAUGGACUUCAGGGGUGUGGGCACCUCUGAUCUGGACUUCAGAAACAGGAAUGCACCAUCAUCAGACUUCAGAAAUAGGCACAGGUCCCGAUCUGAUCAGGAUUUUAGGAGCAGAGAUGUGGCUCCUCCCAUGGACUUUUCAGAUAGGGAAAUGCCUCCCGUGGAUCAAAGCCUUGUAGAUUUUAGGCACAAUCAAUCUACUGUACCUUUAGCAGAGAGAGAGGGCUCUGGCUUAAGCACCAGCAAAAGAGAUGAGUCUGCACUUAGUCUAGACAGAACUCCCUUUGGUAGCCAAAAAGGAGAAUUUCAACACUCGGAAGCACCAGCCGGAGAAGAGGAAUCCCUGGGACUGGGUCUUGAAGAUGACACUUCGCACAAUUUCCAAAAUAGCCGCGGACCUCUUCCUACUCUUCAGGACCAAGAGGAGCAACCUCAGACCUUUGCUAACAAGCAGCAACAGCAGCAGCUUUCUGGGGGGGAGCAGCAAAGAUCCGAUUCUGAUCUUGGGUUAAAGGGUGAAGGUGACCUGGAUUUCCUUGGGAGGCAAGAUACAGACUACCGGAACAUGGAAUAUUGUGAUGUGGAUCACCGGCUGCCAGGGCAUCAGAUGUUUGAUUAUGAACAUGGCAAGUCCUUUUCAGAAGGAAAACCCAGCAAAGAUUCUAGGCCCUAUAAGAGCCUUCAGGACCAAGAUUACCGGACCUGCCCCAAGUAUGUGAAGCCAAGCAAGCUCAUUCGACUAGGAGGAGUGCCUGAAACUGCCACAAAGGAUGAUAUCCUCAAUGCUUUCCGAGGGCCUGAUGGGACACCUGUGAAGGACCUGCGACUGAAAGAUUACAGCUCAGGUUACGACUAUGGCUAUGUCUGCGUGGAGUUUUCACUCUUGGAAGAGGCCAUCGGAUGCAUGGAAGCCAACCAGGGAACUCUUACGAUCGGUGGCAAAGAAGUGACCCUUGAAUACACUCCGUGCCCAGAGUUUUGGCGCUGCAAACGUUGUAAGGUGUGUACUGUGGGCUACAGAUCUUCCUGUUCCUAUUGCAAGCUCCCAAGAGAUGGUGAGUAUAUCUGGUCCACUGAGCUUGGUCGGUUAAGAGUUUCAUCUAUCCUGACAAGGAGCAGAGCAGGCCCAGAGUCCAGAGGUGGUGCUGAGGGAGAGGACACAUCGGCUGAGCAGGAAUUCACAGAGACAAAGCUUGAAACACCCGAGCAAGAAUUGUCAGGUCAACCAGGAUCUCCAAAGCAGCCUCUCCAGCCCUCAGUUCCUGCUCCACAGCAGGAAUGUCAGCCUCAGGAGCAGGAGCCAAGGAAGAGAGAUGAAGGGAGAGAGCGUCGGCCCUCACAGGAGAAGAGAAGGGACAUGGACCGGCACCAGGAGCCGCCCUCUCAGAGGGAAGCAGAGGAAGCCACGCCACCAGAUGGUGGAGGCAGCAGAACAAUUAUGCUGAAGCGAAUCACUCGGUUCACCCCACCUGAGGUGAUUGUGAGGCUCCUGGCCCCGUACGUGCAUCUGUCCACGUCCAGCGUGCGCAUCAUGAAGAACAAGGCUGGGCGGAUGGGGCAGACCUAUGGCUUCAUCGAGCUGGAAUCCCAUGCUGAGGCGCUGAGGUUGCUAAAGAUACUGCAGAACCUGGAUCCCCCGAUCUGCAUUGAUGGGCGUAUAUUGGAAGUGAAUCUUGCUACAGGGAGGAGAAGGAAUGACUAUGGGGAGCACGGUGACAAUUCCUACUAUGGCCCGGGCAGAAGGGGCAUGAGAGACAGGAGGGGUGGCGAAUCACAGCAACGCACCAGAGCACAGUCACCAUCAGAUGUGUCCACAUACAUUUAUGAUCCUGACACUGGGAAUUACUAUGAUCCCAUAGCUGGGACAUACUAUGACCCCAGAACUCAGAGAGAAGUCACAAUAGACCGGGAAGCCUCCGAGCCCCCGACGGAGAGCAGAAGGCGGCGGCACGGGAGCCAAGAACGGACAAGUGACAGGAAGGAGCCACACAGCAGGGACAACAGGGACAGAAAGGACAAAGGGAAAAGUACUUCUGCUAAGAAUGAGCCUGGGGAGGAGAGAUUCUUUACAGAAGAUGUCUUCAAAAAGCCAUUGCCUCCCUCUGUGAAGAGAGAUGAGAGCACAGGCCUGACUGAGACUGGAGAGGAGAAGUUCUCUGCAGAAGAUGUCUUUAAAAAACCUUUACCUCCUUCUGUGAAAAAGGAAGAGAGUGCAGCCCCGCCCAAGGUGGUGAACCCUCUGAUAGGACUUCUGGGAGAGUAUGGAGGAGACAGCGACAAUGAAGAGGAGGAGGAAGAGGAGGAGCAGUCCCAGGCUCAGUGGCUGCCGCCUCCCCCGCACCCACCGGCACCGCGCGAGGAGCAGCCGCGGAAGGCCAAGGCCAGUGAUGACAAACUGACUGACUGGAACAAGCUGGCCUGCCUGCUGUGCAGGAGGCAGUUCCCCAACAAGGAAGUGCUCAUCAAGCACCAGCAGCUUUCCAACCUGCACAAGCAAAACCUAGAGAUUCAUAUGAAGAUUAAACGAUCUGAGCAGGAACUGGCAUAUUUGGAGAAGAGAGAGCGUGAGGGGAGGCAUAAAGACAAAGGAAAUGACCGGAGAGAGAAAUUCCAGCAGAUGGAUUCACCAGAGAGGAAACGGCUCAGAUAUGACCGGGGCUCAGAGAGCGACUAUGACCCAAGGCUUGACAGUAACAACAAAGGGAACCGAAUGGUGCAGUCUCUGGGGUGGAAGAAAGGCUUUGGCCACAACCAGCAGGGCACAGCAUCACCAGUGGAGGCAGAAAACAGGAGGAAGGGCCCUGGGCUGGGGGCCCCAGGGAAGCCCCCCAAGAGGCAGUCCAACGAGACCUACCGCGACGCCGUCCGGAGGGUCAUGUUUGCCCGCUAUAAGGAGCUUGAGUGAACAGUGGAGGAACCCCAGAUCUGUCUCUCUCCAUCUCUUUCUCUCUGUGUCAUGUUCUUUUGAAGGUUUGGUCUUUUUUGUUUUGUUCUGUUUUUUGAAUUGU